UGAGGGGGUGGCUGAGCGACGGCCGCGGAACUCCCGUGACUCGCUGCGUAAAAAGAAAGUUAUCCAUCUCCUCGCGAAGUGGCAUCUGGGGCUGAAAAGAAGCGGUGGCGGCCGAGUAAGCCCCUUCCCGCCCUCCCUCUCCUCUGGAACAAAGGCGCUGACAAGUCUGCUUUGCCCUCGCCGGAGAGAUGGCGUCGUUCAACUUCGGGGGUCUCAACGCUGCUUCUCGCAGGAAGAGCAUUUAUGCCCGCAACGCAGCCGUUGAGAGACGGAAUCUCAUUACCGUCUGCAGGUUUUCUAUCAAGACACUGAUUGAUCGUUCAUGCUUCGAAACUAUUGAUGAUUCUUAUCCUGAAUUCAAUAAUUUUGCAGCUAUUUUGGAACAAAUUCUAAGCCAUCGGCUCAAAGGUCAAAUCACUUGGUUUGGGUAUGAAAGCCCUCGUACUUUCUGGGAUUAUAUUAAGGUGGCUUGUCGCAAGGUUUCAUAUAACUGCAUCUGUAGCAUUGAGAAUAUGGAAAAUGUUGCCUCUUCAAGAGCUAGGGGAAGAGCUUGGAUUAGAGUAGCACUUAUGGAAAAACAUUUGUCUGAAUAUAUUUCGGCAGCUUUGAGAGACUUCAAAACAACCAGAAGAUUCUAUGAAGAUGGAGCAAUUGUAUUGGGAGAAGAAGCAAAUAUGCUAGCUGGCAUGCUGCUUGGACUCAAUGCUAUUGAUUUCAGUUUCUGCCUUAAAGGUGAAGCUUUGGAUGGCAACUAUCCAGCUGUGAUAGAUUAUACACCAUAUCUGAAAUUCACCCAAAGUUCUGACAGCAUCAGUAGUGAUGAGGAAGAGCUAAGAACACUGGGCAGUAGUGGUAGUGAAAGCAGUACUCCAGAAAACAUUGGUCCUCCUUUCAGCAUGGAUGAGAAUAGCUGGUACAACAAAUGCAAACGGGUUGAACAGAAAUACCUCCUCACUCUGGAACAAAAGGGUUAUCUAGAAGAGCUAGUACGCCUCAGAGACACUCAGCUGGCUGAAUCCAUCUCUCAGAAGAAGGCAUUGCAGCAGAAGAUAGAAUCUAUGAAUCUGGCUCAUAAAAUGGAAAAGGAACAACUUGAGUACAUUGUUGUGGAACUGCAGGAUCAGUUAACUGUGCUAAAGAAUAAUGAUUUAAGAUCAAGACAAGAAUUAACUACCCAUCUCACCAAUCAGUGGCCUUCCCCAGGAGCUCUGGAUGUUAAUGCUGUUGCCUUGGAUACGCUGCUUUAUGGAAAGCAAAAUAAGCAAUGGGAUGAAAAGAGUUAUCACAGCCUGGAUCAGCUCUCUGCUGAUGUAAGCUUUUCUCAGACAUCCCUGGAUCCAGGUAAUCCACCAGAUGCAGAUGAGAAGCAAGAUGGACUUAAUUUACUUAGUGAAGGGAAAGAAGACACUCCUUCCUUACUUGGCCUUUGUGGUUCUUUGACAUCAGUUGCAAGUUACAAAUCUCUCACCAGCUUGAAAUCGAGUGAAUAUCUUGCAAGUCCUACAACAGAGAUUACAAGUCCUGGACUAACACCUUCUUGAACAAGUCUAAACAAAAAGAAACUUCUGUGUCUGCAUUCAAUUGGCAUUCCUUAAUUUAUUAUUAAGACUUAUAAAAUGUCAACUAGCUUUUUAAAAAAAUGCUUUCUUUUUUGUUUCCAUAAACCUAAAAAACUGUUUAAUAACUGUCUUUGAAAACAAAGAUACAUAUCAACUCCAUAACAAUAUUCAUGUUUUCAGCAAACAACUAACAAUUAAGACUAAACUCCAGUAUAAAGGAAAAAUAUUCUUAACCACUAGAUUCAAUCUGCAAAGAAAAUAUUUACAAUUAUAGUGGUUCAUUCUAAAACCUCUACGAAAAUGUUACAUUAAAUUUUCAUAUAAAUGUUUUAAAUAUUUUGCAAUUUUUUGAUUCAAAUCUAUUUUUUGCUAUUUAUUCUGUAAUAAAAUUUUAAAAUGAGGGCCAAAUAACUAUGGUAACAGUAAACUUUAUUUAAUUUUUGAAGCUUUGCGAUUUAAACUUUGAAGUGCAAUUCUAUUGAGUAAGAGUUUAUUUUCCAGCAUUACUGGCAAUGGUUGAGUAUAUUAAUACAAUCUUGUGUAAAACAUUCAUACUUACAGGGACCUCUAAUUUUGAGGAGUAUGAGGAAAUGCUUUAUUGUGCCAAAGAAGUUCUGUACAUUGUUUACUAGUGUGCUGCAACAUGUGGGUAUCUACAAGUGCAGAAAUUUAAUUGUCAGUGUGACUACUAAUAAUUUAAAUAAAUGAUGUGCCUCCAGUAAGACUUGCUUUGAGAAACAAAUGAGAUAGGGAAGCACAUGAUUAUUCAAAAUCUUGUAUUGGUAAGUUUACUGUGUUAACGUAUAUGGUGAGCUAAACUUUUAAAUGAAAUAGCUCCUGCUUUGUCAAAUGACAUAUACUAGCUACCUGAUAAUUUAAUGCAUGUUAUCUCUUGUGAAAUUAAUAUCGUUUAAAAACAUAAUGAGAAAUACAACGUAGACUAACACUAACAAGCUUGUAUGUGAAAUCCAGUAUGGUUCAGUAAGUUGUUGAUUUAGAAGAGUUACGUUUUUUAUAAUAGCUGAUGACUGAUUGGAAUAGUUGCGAUGAAAAAUUUUAAUGUAUGUAUGAAAAAAACAAUUGAAUCGAUGCUUGUGCAUGAAGAGACUGCCUUGAAUUUGAAAACUUGCCAAGCUUUCAGAAUGAAAAUUUAUGCAAAUGUGUUGAGUUGUUGUAUCAACAUUGCAGAUACAUUAAACAUUUUG